AUGGUAGAAGGUGGACGAGCGAACAUAUGCAAUUUUUCAGAUGUGAAAGCAGAUGGUGCAGAUGGUGUGGCGAAUGGAAAAGUAGUUGCCGAAGAGAACGGCAAAAAAGAACGAUCUGUCCUACAAGCUAAGCUCACACGACUUGCUAUACAGAUUGGCUAUGCUGGAUCGUUUGUUGCUGGGUGCACUGUACUUAUCCUCGUCAUUCGCUUCUGCAUCUCCCGAUAUGCCAUCGAAGAGAAGUCGUUCUCCCUUGCUGAUUUCCAACACUUCAUCAACUUCCUCAUCAUCGGAGUGACCGUGUUGGUAGUGGCUGUACCAGAAGGAUUACCACUAGCUGUGACAUUGUCUCUUGCUUACUCAGUCAAGAAGGUA